GGAGUUUCCGAAUUUUCUGUCACUUAAAUUGAGCAGUGUGACUUCCAAAAUUGCUUAAACGCUCAGUUGUCAGCGGAAACGCUAUGCAAACGCACCUUCCUCUCACACGGACUACUUUCACUUAGCGUUACGAUGUGGCAGCCGUGCGGGUGCGCUUCGAAGUGCAUCGUAAAUUCCUUCAGUCGUCGUGUUAUCAGGUCUUGUUUCAAUGUUUCGGUUCGAAGGAGGUGCAAUGUGGCGGCCUUCAUGCCGGAGGCUGCGGGGUUUGAAGCGGUGUCGGAUCGCUCCACACUGCAGGAGUUUUCCGUGUCCAACAGUGAGAGCUUCUGGGCCGCUGCGGCGCGUCAGAGGCUGAGCUGGAUGAGUCCUUUCCGCACCGUGCAGGACUGUGACCUGAGCCGAGGCAGGAUCAAGUGGUUUGAGGGAGGAAAACUGAAUGUGUCCGUGAAUUGCCUGGACCGCCAUGUGCACACCUGUCCUGAGAGGGUGGCCCUGAUCUGGGAGAGAGAUGAACCGGGGUCAGAGGUCAAGGUGACCUACAGGCAGUUACUGGAGAUGACAUGUCGCCUGGCUAACCUGUUUAAGCGGCAUGGCGUGAAGAGGGGGGACUGUGUCACCAUCUACAUGCCUCCGUGCCCUCUGGCUGUGGCGUCCAUGUUGGCCUGUGCACGUAUCGGUGCAGCGCACAACGUGGUGUUUGCAGGGUUCAGCGCAGAGGCCCUCGCAGAACGAAUUAGAGACGCCCAGUCCAGCACGGUCAUCACGGUGAACCAGGGCGUCAGAGGGGGUAAGGUCAUCGAGCUGAAGAAGACAGUGGAUACAGCUGUUAGCAGCUGCCCGACAGUACAGCAGGUGUUUGUUGCUAUGAGAACAGACAAUCCGGUCGCUCUGACAGCCAGAGACAUCGCCAUGGAGGAGGAGAUGCUGAAGGAGGACGUGGUGUGUGAGCCAGCUGCCAUGGACAGUGAGGAUGUCUUGUUUCUGCUGUACACAUCAGGCAGCACAGGGAAGCCCAAAGGACUCGUUCACACUCAGGCUGGAUACCUGCUGUAUGCCGCACUCACACACCGGUAUGUCUUCAGCUACCAUGACGGAGACGUGUUCGGCUGUGUGGCAGAUAUCGGCUGGAUAACAGGACACAGUUACAGUGUCUACGGGCCCCUGGCCAACGGGGGAACCACUGUCCUGUUUGAGAGCACCCCCGUGUACCCCGACCCAGGAAGGUACUGGGAGAUGGUACAGAGACUUAAGAUAAACCAGUUUUAUGGGGCUCCCACAGCCAUCCGUCUGCUGCUCAAGUAUGGAGACCAGUGGGUGCACAAAUACGACCGCUCCACCCUCAAAACACUUGGCUCUGUGGGUGAGCCCAUCAACACUGAGGCGUGGGAGUGGUACCACAGAGUGGUUGGGGACGGACGUUGCCCAGUGGUGGACACCUGGUGGCAGACUGAGACAGGUGGCAUCUGCAUCAGCCCAAGGCCAUCAGAACCUGAUGCAGAGAUUGUCCCAGGAAUGGCGAUGAGACCUUUCUUUGGCAUUAAACCCGUCCUCAUGGACACUGAGGUGUGGGGCUCAUCCCUGUGCGAUGGAAAGGUGCUAACUUCCAACCACACAUCUGGAGCUCUGUGCAUAUCUCAGCCUUGGCCUGGCAUGGCCCGAACCAUUCAUAACAACCACCAGAGGUUCAUUGAGACCUACUGUCAGCCUUAUCCUGGUUACUUCUUUACUGGUGAUGGUGCCUAUCGCUCUAAAGAGGGGUAUUACCAGAUCACCGGUCGCCUUGAUGAUGUCAUCAAUGUGAGCGGUCACAGGAUUGGGACAGCAGAGAUCGAGGAUGUGGUGAAUCAGAGCUCCGCAGUGGCCGAGUCUGCUGUCAUCGGAUACUCCCAUAACAUCAAAGGAGAAGGUGUGUAUGCCUUCGUGGUGCUAAAAAAGGCUGUGGGCGUUCCAGAGGCAGACCUGACACGGCAGCUAAACAACAUGGUGUCUAUGAAAAUCGCCAAGUACGCCUGUCCAGACCACAUCCAGUUCGUCCAGCGUCUGCCCAAGACCCGCUCAGGUAAGAUAAUGCGGCGAGUUCUGAGGAAAGUGGUGGAACAAGACUUGGACGGUUUGGGAGACGUCAGCACGCUGGAUGAUCCCGCAGCAGUUCAAGAGAUCAUCCAAGGUCACCACGCCCUCUGUGGUGAACAACAACAACAACCGUGAUGACGUGAUUUAUAAAGGACAUUCCCGUCUAAAAGCGGAAUGUGAAAAGAUGCUUGCAUGCUACUUUCCGUUUCACUUAGCCAGGCUUGGGUCAAAAAUUGUUUUUAUUGAAACAAAAAAAAUUGAUUCAAUUUUUAUGAAAUCGGGUAAAUAACUAUAACACUGGAUUCAAUCCACAGCUGUGCUCCGAUCCAUGAGUUUUUGUGACACAGCUGGAACCAAUUCCAAAUGUAAUGAUUGUAAACACAAUAAAAAUGCAACCUCAUAUAAAAACACAAAA